AUGGCAGAAAGCGAUGACCCUGCCCGCCGGGACCCCGCCCCCGCUGGCCCCCGCACCCAGCCCUGCCGGCCCGUGCCGAGGGUCCACGCCUUUGGGAAGGGGGAGCAGGCGCUGCGGAGGGACCCCCGCACGCCCCCCGCCAUGCAGGGCUGGCUGCACAAGCAGGACAGCUCGGGGCUGCGGCUCUGGAAGCGCCGCUGGUUUGUACUGGUGGAUCUCUGCCUCUACUACUACCGGGACAGCAGCGAGCAGCAAGUGCGGGGCGGCCUCCCCCUGCCGGGCUACGAGAUCCGCGUCCUGCCCCCCGCCCCCCGCGCCCCCCGAGCCCCCCAGUUCCUCUUCACGGCUGAACAUCCCGGGAUGCGGACGUACUGCCUGGGGGCUGAGACCGCCGAGGAGCUGCACGCCUGGGUCUGCGCCCUGCGCCGGGGGGCAUCGCCCCUGCCCGGCUCCACCCGCUCCCUCUCCCAGCAGACACUCCGGGAACCCCGGGGUGCGGAUCCUCCCUCGCCCCCAUUGCCCACGCACUCCCCAGGUGAAGGGCUCGGGGGCCCACCCGUGCCCCCUCCUUGCUGCCCCCCAGUUCCCCCACUGCCCCACACCGAGGUACCCCCAGCCCACGAGGAGCUCCCGGCGCGGGGAUGUCCCCCCAGGGCCGGGGACACUCCGGAGGGGCCGCGGGGACCACCCGAGCCCGCGCCCGCAGGGAGGAGCCCGAAGAAGCCCCGCCCCCCUGGAGCUGCGCCGCAGCCCCCGCCGGAGCGAGGGACCAGCGGGACCAAUCAGCCACCGGCCUCUCCAGCCGCCUCUUCUGAUUGGCUUUCGAGCGCCGCCGGGCCCGCGGGCACCGCCCCCGCGCCGCUGUCCAAUGAGGCGUCGCGGUGGCGGUGGGCGGGGGCGGGUGGGCGUGGCCGGGCGCUCGAAGGUGUGGGCGGGCGGCCAAUCAGAAUCACGCUGCUGCAGGCCAGCUUCUGA